CUUUUUGCCCUCCUUCUCAAAGCGAACUUCUUGGCCUCAGUCGCAGUAAAACUAUCAUUUCCCGAACACAGUCGACAGAGAGAGGGAGAAAAGAGAGCAUAAUUUCCAAAACCCUUAGAAGCCGGCCGGCGAUCAGGAGACCGGAGGAAGCCGAUGGGGACUCUCGGAAAGGCCGUGUACACCGUGGGAUUCUGGAUUCGGGAGACCGGACAGGCUCUCGAUCGUCUCGGUUGCCGCCUCCAAGGCACCCACGCCUUCCAGGAACAGCUGUCUAGACACCGAACACUGAUGAACUUAUUCGAUAAGGUACCUGUGGUUGAUAAGGGUGCAUUUGUGGCCCCUAGUGCCUCUAUCAUUGGGGAUGUUCAAGUUGGGAGGGCAUCAUCCAUUUGGUAUGGAUGCGUCUUGAGAGGUGAUGUGAACAGCGUCAGCAUUGGGUCUGGAACUAAUAUACAAGAUAACUCUCUUGUGCAUGUUGCAAAGUCUAAUCUUGCUGGGAAAGUGCUUCCAACUAUCAUUGGAGACAAUGUCACUGUAGGUCAUAGUGCUGUUUUGCAUGGAUGUACUGUUGAGGAUGAGGCUUUUAUUGGUAUGGGUGCCACACUUCUCGAUGGUGUGGUUGUAGAGAAACAUGGAAUGGUUGCAGCUGGAGCCCUUGUAAGGCAGAAUACAAGGAUCCCUGCUGGAGAGGUAUGGGGAGGGAAUCCUGCAAAGUUUCUGCGAAAGCUGACUGAUGAGGAAAUGGCCUUCAUUGCAGAGUCAGCUGCCAAUUACUCCAAUCUUGCACAAGUCCAUGCAACUGAGAAUGCCAAGCCUUUCGACGAGAUUGAGUUCGAGAAGAUGCUUCGUAAGAAGUUUGCAAAUCGCGACGAGGAGUAUGACUCGAUGUUGGGCGUCGUCCGUGAAACUCCGCCAGAGCUCAUUCUUCCCGACAACGUCCUACCAGCAGCAUCCAAGGAAAAAUGAGGUAUUGCUUCUGAAGAAAGUUUUAAGUUCCGGGAUUUGCGGUCUAAGACUCAAAGAAGAUAUGUGUUGUUUUUAUGCACGUACAGAAAGGCAGGGAUUGAAAAUCUCUCCCAGAAUAAUAACAAGCAUGCUUAGGUAGUAGAAUCUCUCGUUUUCAGCUUUUGGGCUCAGCUAUUCUUGUGGUUUAUUCGGACUUAAAUUUUCAUCCUUGGGAGAAAAGGGAUGCCGCAAUGCAGUUUGUAAUUUUCAUGUCCUCUUUCUCUUCUUCGACAUCGUGUAUCCAAGACUGCGCAUUUUUCGAAUGAUUUAGGUGAUCUGUACUAAGAAUCAUGCCCUAACUUUCACUUCUAUAACGAGAAUUUGUUCGGGGAGGAACUGGGUUAAGGUGCUAGGUAACGUUCAUCAUUUUGCUUCAAUCAAUAGUUAAGUGAUUAGGGUUUGUAAAACCGUAUCAGAAAUUGGAUUAGUGAGAUUGAUAUCGUCUGGG